CCUGGCUUCCUAACAAACAAAAUGAAAAAAGAUAUGCUGCAUAAGCAGAUGGUCUUGGAUACGAUUCAUGAGUUUGGACAGAAUUGCGUAUCAUGCGAAAGGAAUAUGGAGGAAGUGAACGAUUGGCUGUUUGAUGUUCAAACUACUCUGGAGAGCAAUUUGGUCACAGAGGAUGUAUUAAAGGAGGCCGAGACUGAAAUCAUUCAACUAAACCAGGAUUGUAGUCAGAUAUGGGCUGAUGGAAAUAAAUACAAGAAACGGUACAAAGACAAACUGAGGCGACUUGGGAAAGAAAUCUUUGAACUACUCUCUGAGAUGCUCAAGGACCAUAGUCAAGAAAUGAGUGAUGACGAGAGUGAGCGCAGUAGCCAUCAUGUCAGUCAUGCGAUCGAUAAGCUUGCUCUUCUUAAACCAAAAGUAGAACGGACAGAGCAUCUCAUCUCAGAUGAGCAGACUCUCAAGGAGAUUGCAAAUUGGCAGAGUGCUGCCAAGGAUGUAGAGAACUCAAUAGAAAUAGCAUGCAGGAUAGCUAGGACUAGUAAUGAUCGUACAGCCAUGAAAAAUGCUUUGAAGAAGUUCAACUUUAUGAUGCUAGCCAUGGAGAGGAGAAACGAAGAAAACAGCCAUCUUGGUCAAGAGAUCUUAGAAUGUGAGGUUAAGAUCAACCAUGUGUCAAGGUUGAAUGAAAAAGUUGAGGUGGAGUUGAAGAAAAAAAUCCAAAGACUGGAACAAGUUGAGAAUGUUAUCAAGAAGAACAACGAAAAGCUGACUGAUCUCAACAAAAAGAUUAAAGAAUCAAAGGUGGAGAUAUCCUCUCUCAAGACAAAGGUUGAAUCACAGAUCAACGAGGACUCACCAAAAUAUGUAGCCCAGUUCAACAUACUUGAGAAAGAAAAGGUUGCUGCUCUUGCGAAGUCCAACGUACUAGAAGCAGUCAUAGUAAAGAUGGAGGAACAACACAAGAAGAUGUUGAAAGAUUUAGAAACAAAGUACAAAAUGAAGCGGACACAGUCAUGAAGUUGGAGAAAGUUGUCAAUAGCUUGGAGUCUGAAUUGCGAGAGACGCUGCAAACCCAAGAGGAGUAUGCCCAUGAGUUGGAUCUCGCUGAGUAUCAGAAGAAAGAUGGGAAGAACCAGACAGAAUCACUCAAAGAGCAGUACCAAACACAGA